AACCACCGUUACCUCCGCCGCUCCUCACCGGCGACAUCGGCGGCGACCGUGCAGAUCCCGUGGCAUCCGCCCGCGGUCCAGAGAGACAAGUACCGCCGUCCGCGUCCGGGUUCUGCGGUGGCUUAAAUUGGUGAAACUGAUACAAAGCUACUGGAAUCUUUAGAGUCUAGUGUCAUCAUGGCUCAUCAAAAGCGCGAAUCCAGCUCCACCGAUGAAGAUUGGGCAUCAAAGCGCCUGAAAGGUGCUGCCAAUUCUACUGAAAAGGAUUACAAUGUAGACACUGCUGCUUCUCAAGAAACAAAUGGUGAAAAGGGAGACACCUCUCAAAAAGAAAGCAAGGCGUCAAUGAGCUCAUGUAUUUCGGAUGAGAAGUCCAUAGCCAUCUCGAAAGUUCUAAGUCAGCAAGAUAUGAUAUUAACUACUAUUGAAGCCGAUGCCGCAGAAGAUAAGGGCUGCAGACAUGCAAUGGAGGAUGCCUGGGUGGUGCUUUCUGAUGCUAGCAUGGAAUCUCCAGGAAAUCUGAGAUGCGCACAUUUCGCAAUAUAUGAUGGCCAUGGUGGCCGCUUGGCUGCGGAGUAUGCACAGAAACAUUUACACCAGCAUGUUGUCGCUGCAGGAUUACCACGUGAGUUGAUGAAUGUUAAACUGGCAAAGAAGUCCAUUAUUGAAGGUUUUCAUAGAACUGAUGAGUCACUACUGCAGGAAAGUACUAAAGGAAACUGGCAAGAUGGUGCAACAGCUGUAUGUGUUUGGGUCUUGGGACAGACGGUUGUGGUUGCGAAUGCUGGGGAUGCUAAGGCAGUAUUAGCUCGUUCUACUUCAACCGAUGGCGAAGUUGCAGUGGUUGACACUAAAAGUCUACUGAAGGCUAUUGUUUUGACGAGAGAACAUAAAGCCAUCUUUCCACAAGAGCGCUCUAGAAUCCAGAAGUCUGGAGGUUCUGUUGGUCCUAAUGGGAGACUGCAAGGACGCAUUGAAGUAUCUAGAGCUCUUGGAGAUCGCCACUUUAAGAAGGUCGGGUUAAUUGCAACACCAGAUGUACAUUCUUUUGAACUUACAAAGAAGGAUCAGUUCAUCAUUCUUGGCUGUGAUGGCUUAUGGGGAGUAUUUGGACCAAGUGAUGCUGUUGAAUUUGUCCAGAAGCAAUUAAAGGAGACAUCUUCAGCCACGCUAGCUGUGCGGCGUCUGGUGAAGGAGGCUGUUCGCGAGAGGCGAUGCAAGGAUAACUGCACGGCCGUUCUGAUCGUCUUCAAGCACUAGAAACUCUUGGCUGUUGCUACACACCCAGGAAGACAAGUCAUGGACAGAGAACACUCUCUAGUUGAAGCCUACAUGAUUCUUUUGUUCUCAGUGCUUACCAUGGGUGUUAAUGAGUCUGAUUAGUACACAAUCUGACCACAUUUCAUUUGGAUUUUCGUUUUCGUUUGGACCAUGAUUUCCUGGCAAAUGUCUCUUCUAAGUGUCCCGAAGGAAAUAUUUGUUUAGUUGAUUAACUCGUCUUACGCUGCUCGUGUAUACUGUGUGUACUCUGUGCAGCUAUUUCCAAGAUCUGGUAAACUGUUUACCUGAUCUGUUCUUUUGUUC